AUGAAGGAGCGGCAGCGGUGGAGAUCGGAAGAAGACGCCGUCCUGCGGGCCUACGUGAAGCAGUACGGGCCGCAUGAGUGGAGCCUGGUCUCGCAGCGCAUGGGGGUGGCCUUCGACAGGGAUGCCAAGUCCUGCCUUGAGCGGUGGAAGAACUAUCUCAAGCCCGGGCUCAAGAAGGGCUCCCUGACGGAGGAGGAGCAGUGCCUGGUCAUCCGCCUGCAGGCCAAGCACGGCAACAAGUGGAAGAAGAUCGCCGCCGAGGUGCCCGGCCGCACCGCCAAGCGGCUCGGCAAGUGGUGGGAGGUCUUCAAGGAGAAGCAGCGCCGGGAGCUGGAGGAGGCCAGCAGCAAGACCCUGGCGGAGCCCAUCGACCAAGCCCGCUACGACCACAUCCUCGAGAAUUUCGCCGAGAAGCUCGUCAAGGACCGGCGGACCCCCUCUCUCUACAUGGCGGCGCCGCUGCUCCAGCAGCAGCCCCCCUGGCUCUCCUCUUCGCUGCCGCCACCGCCGCCGCCGCCGCCGCCCUCUUCUUCUUCUUCGUCUCCCCCCUCCGUCACCCUCUCCCUCUCGCCCACCUCUCUGCCGGCGGACGGCGGCGGCCCACCCUUGGCCCCCGCCGUUGCCGCCGCCGCCGCCGCCUCCCGGCCGUGGGUCGUCUCGGAGCUCGUCGAGCGUUGCCGGGAGGUCGAAGAAGGCCGCCGGGCGUGGGCGUCCCACCGGAAGGAAGCGGCCUGGCGGCUCAAGCGGGUAGAGCUGCAGCUAGAGCUGGAGAAGGCCUGCAAGAGGAAGGAGAAGAUACUGGAGAUCGAGUCCAGGGUCAGGGCCCUCCGGGAGGAGCAGGCCGCCGCCGUGGAGAAGAUCGAAGCGGAGUUCAGAGACCAGCUCUCCGCCCUCCGGAGGGACGCCGAGCUCAAGGAGCAGAAGCUGGCUGAGCAGUGGGCGGCGAAGCACCUGCAACUGGCCAGACUCCUCGACCAGAUGAUGGGUCCCCUGCGGCGGCCUUCUCCCGACACCGCCGGGCCAUGA